AAACCGUUUCUUCUUCUCCUUCUCUUCAUUUCUUUAUAAUCCCAAUCCUUCACAUUUUUUGUUAACUCUCUCUCACGCGUUCUGAGUUUUAGGGUUUUUUUUCUUUCAUUCUUUCAGAUUCAAGAUGAUAGACUUUUCUCGCGUUCAGAAGGAGCUUGUCGAAUGCCGUAAAGACGCUGCGGGAUCGGGAAUUCAGGUUAGUCCGAAAAGCGAUAACCUCGUUAACUUGAUCGGAACCAUUCCUGGCCCUACCGGAACGCCUUACGAAGGGGGUGUUUUUCAGAUUGAAAUCACAAUACCUGAUGGAUACCCGUUUGAACCUCCUAAGAUGAAGUUUACAACCAAAGUCUGGCACCCAAACAUCAGCAGCCAAAGUGGGGCUAUUUGCCUGGACAUCUUGAAAGAUCAGUGGAGCCCAGCACUGACUCUGAAGACUGCACUACUUUCUGUGCAAGCACUUCUUUCUGCUCCUCAGCCUGAUGAUCCUCAAGAUGCUGUUGUGGCACAGCAGUACCUCAAAGACUAUCAGACAUUUGUCAAUACUGCUCGCUACUGGACUGAAAGUUUUGCUAAGACGUCAUCCCGUGGAGUUGAAGAUAAGGUACAGAAACUGGUUGAAAUGGGAUUUCCUGAAGCUCAAGUAAGGAGUAUUUUGGAAGCCGUUGGUGGUGAUGAAAACUUGGCUCUUGAAAGGCUAUUGUAGGGUGAUGAUCAUUGUGAAGCUUAUAUGAAAUGUUGGAAGCACAUAGAUAAAAAAAAGGUUCAUUGAAUAUAAAGAUAUAAUAAUCCUAUAUCAUAUAGUAUUUCGGGUUAAUUCUGCCUUUUUUUCUCUUUUAAAACUUUGUACUCAGACAUUGUCCUAAUUUUCUCGUAGCAGGUAUAAAAUUGAUGAAAAACCUUAUUGGCAAAUUGUAUUUGCUUUCGGUCAAAUUAUGUUUUUAGUCCUAAA